UUAUUUGUCACCCUCCUAUGAUCCUGUAACUCUACGAUUUGUCACCCUCCUAUGAUCCUGGAACUCCAUUAUUUAUCGAAGCCAUUUAUCGGACCAAAGAGUUGCUCUCCGCUCGUCAGACGCAGUUCAGCAGUUAGUACAUUAAAUUAUUACCCUUCUGCCGAUAGCGGGCUUAGUCAUCCGAGCUUCAUUUUCUUGCUUCCGUGCGUCAGAUCGAAGCCGAAAGAGAUAUCCGCUUAUCAUGCCGAUCCCCCUUCUAGUCACGACGCAUGAGGACUCGCCGAUCCAACGGCUACCCGACGACCUGCUCUCCAGGAUCCUCCAAUCUGUCGCUAUCAUCAGAUCCGACGACAACCAGUUCGACCACGCUCUCGUGUGCAAGCAUUGGCACGACAUCGCGUGUCGCGUGCGAGACCAGAUCCGCAUCCCCUUAAACAGCUUCUCCACUCCUAGCCACGUGCUUCAGCAGCUCUCGUCAAUCCCAAGGCUCAGGAAAAUCGUCAUCUCCCCUUUCAGCAUGACCCACGUCCCUGAUUCCAUCCUCUUUCGCAUCGCCGACACGUGUCCCGACCUGACCGAGCUUUACAUUGGCGCCAUGGAUCGAGCCUACUGCUGGCAUAGCUUUUCCGAGGAUGCGCUUUCCUCCCUGUUCAGCAAGUGCACUCGGUUGGAGGAUCUUCAUCUGUAUUGCAAGGACUACAUCGAAGCCAUUCCUCCCUCCAUCGGCCGCCUCGCUUCGCUCACGAGCCUGCACCUCGUCGCACGCGGGGUCAAACUCCUUCCCGACACGUUCACCUCGUUACAGUCACUCCGACGCCUCGUGCUCGACAUGUCCAAGCUGGAGGAUCUGCCGCGGGAUAUCCGGAAGAUGACCCUUCUGGAGUCGCUGCACCUGGAAAAAUGUUAUAAGUUGGAGUCACUUCCAGAAUCUCUUUCCCAACUUGCUGGUUUCACCCGUCUUUCCAUCAGUGACUGCGACAGUCUUCAGCUCCCUGGUUCUCUUACCAGCCUCUCUUUUCUGGAGAUUCGGAAUCACGAUAUGUACUCUACUCUUUUGCUGCCCGAAGGUCUCGGGAAGCUCCCGGCACUCGAAACCCUUCUCGUGGACACCGUUGAAGAUCUGACGCCAGACCUGUUAGAAUCCAUCGGGCAGCUGCAGCGGCUGAAGCUCCUUUCCCUGACGGACUACUCCGGUGUAGUGACUCUGCCGAGGUCUCUUUCCCUGCCGACUUCCCUCACAGGCCUUAACCUGGAGGUCAAAACACUUUCCGUACUGCCUGACGACAUCGGGCUGUUACCAAAGCUUCAGAGUUUGAACCUCAAAGAGACUUACGGUGCUGAGGGCCUCAGCCUCACAAGCCUGCCUGACUCCAUCACUCUGGCCACUGCGCUCCAAACCCUUUCCCUCGAACGACUCCGAAACCUGACUUCGCUGCCCGAGGAUUUCGGGCAGCUGGCUGCUCUAGAGACGCUGCGCAUGGCUGACCUGCCAGAGCUGACACACCUGCCCGAAUCCUUUGGAAAUCUGCCGAACCUGCAGGACCUGAAAAUUGACGACUGCCCGCGGCUGCAGCAGCUGCCCGAAUCCUUUGGAAAUCUGCCGAACCUGCAGGACCUGAAAAUUGACGACUGCCCGCGGCUGCAGCAGCUGCCCGAAGGCAUGGGGAGCGACCUGAUUAGCCUGCGACAUCUGCGCCUGCUGUGCUGCACUGCUCUCACCCACCUCCCCCCAUCCUUCUCCUGCCUCACAUCUCUCGAAACCCUACGGAUCUUGCUAGCAGAUAGCUUCAGAGGCGAGCUGCCAGAGGGGUUUGGCGGCCUGAGAAGCCUCAAGAAGCUGUCUCUCUGCGCCAUGCGCCACCUGUCGGCCCUGCCUGCGUCCAUCUCCGGCCUUGUCGCCCUCACCAGCUUGCUAGUAUCAAGCUGCCCGGAGAUUAAUGAGUUACCUGCGGAUAUCGGACGGCUGGGAGCACUCGAAGAGCUGAAGAUCUCCAAGCUGGACGGUCUGGAUUCUCUCCCGCAGUCGCUGGUUGAGCUGCCCCGGCUGCGGGUGCUGGUGGUGCGGAAGUGCUCCAGGCUUAAAACGAUCUUGGGGGAUGAAGCGGUGAGAGGUGUUGAGCAGGGCCAAGGAGCAGGUGCUGCUGCUGCCAGCAGUGUCUCAGGUGGCUGCAGCAGCAGCAGUAACAGUAACAGCGCCAGCAGCAGCAGCAGCAGCAGCAGUAGCAGCGCCAUCAGCAGCUGCAGUAACAGUAACAGCACCAAAAGCAGCAGCAGUAAGAGUAACAGCGCCAGCAGCAGCAGCAGUAACAGUAGCAGCGCCAGCAGCAGCAGCAGUAACAAUAACGGCGCCAGCAGCAGCAGCAGCAGUAACAGCGCCAGCGGCAGCAGCAGCAGCAGCAGUAACAGCGCCCGCGGCAGCAGCAGCAGCAGCAGUAACAGCACCAUCGCCAGCAGCAGGAGUGACAUCGGUCCACUGCUUCCGUCCCUUCAGAGUCUCGAGCUCGAAAAUCUUCCGUUUGAAUCCCUUGGGCCGUCCCUGGGCCUGCUAUCUUCUCUGACAGCGCUGGAACUCUCUUACAUGGAGCACCUGUCGUCGCUUCCCGUUUCCAUUUCAAGCCUGUCGCAGCUGCAAAGGCUUGAAAUCUGGAACCUGGAAAAGCUGGAAGCACUUCCUGAAAACCUUGGACAGCUCUCAUGCCUUAGUUCCCUCGUACUAGGUUUUCUUGACAGUUUGUGUGAGCUGCCUGACUCGCUGGGGCAGCUGAAGAAGCUACAGACUCUGAAGAUACUGUUCUGCUCCAAUCUGGUCAGGCUUCCAGACUCGUUUCCCAAUCUGGCUUGCCUGAAGCGGUGCACGCUUCAAGCUGUGGGAAUCUCAAGCAUUCCAUAUGACUUUGGGAAACUUUCUUCUCUCCGGUUUCUGGAGCUUGAGAGCCUGCCGAACCUUCAAAGCUUGCCCGAGUCGUUUUUGCAGCUGCCCCGGCUGGAGGCACUAGAUUUGGUUGACUGCGAGCAACUCUCUGAGAUCCCGCCGGCUCUCCUGGCAAUGCCUAUGGAGCGGGGGUUUAAAAUUCGUGGCUGUCCUUCGCGCCUCAGGUCCGAUGGAGAGCUUUUCAGAUUAUUGGAUGGCGGGGGUUGGAAAAGUUUCUUUCAAGAGGAAAGUGAUGGUUCAGAGGAUGGUGAUGAGUCAUGGGAUAUUCGCGAGGGUGAAGACGAGGGGGGCAGCGACAAGGAGGAUGAAGAUGAUGGGGAGGAGGGGGAAGGUGGGGUUGGGGUUAGGGGGGGGAGGAUGGUGAAGAAUUAGGGUAGGUGGAUGGUGAGAAAGCGAGGUUUUUUGGAGGGAGAGGAGAUGAGAGGGGAAGGGUGUGGGUCGGUGGUAUGAGUUUGGGGAGGACGUUCGUUUAUGCAAGACCUACAAUUUUGUCUCUAAGCCGGUGUCAAAUACCGACACAAUUAUAUUUAUAUUUUUAGCUCGUUUACGAUAUGUAGUGGGAU